UAACUUGCGGAGCGCGCACUGCGGAAACUCUCCAGCGAGUCUUCGGCGGCUCGUGCUUCAGCUCUGCACCGAGUACAAGAAAAAAGAGAGAAAAGAAAAAAAAGGAAACUGUCCGAAAAAGUUCCAGACAGGAGGAACAAGUCCUCCAGAGCCCGGGGAUGGUCCUCCAGCGGCGCGGCACAUCUGAGCCGAGAGGCCACCGGUAACGGGCUUUUUUUUUUUUAGUUUUUCUUUGUAUUUAUUGUUAUAAUUAUUAUUAUCCCAGAGGAGUUGGACUCGGAAGAGAGAGAGACAAUCCGAGAGCUGGUUGACUCGCAGUGCCCCGUCACCUCGACACUAUGGUGCGUCUGCCGGGAUCCAGCUUGGUGCUCCUGUGCGCUCUGCUGCACACGGUGGCACCCUGGGGCGCACACCGACCGGACAGACCGAAGCAGUGCGACGCACCGCGGUCGCAACGCGACAUGAACUCCUUCCUGUGGCGGGUAAACCGCGCUCCUCCUCACCCGCCUUCCUACCUGUUCGGCACCAUCCACGUGCCCUACACGCGCGUCUGGGACUUCGUCGCCGACCGGUCCAAGCAGGCGUUCCGCAGCAGCCGCAACGUGUUCUUCGAGCUGGACCUGACCGACCCUCUGACCAUCUCCAGGCUGACCAGCUGCCAGCUGCUGCCCCACGGGGAGAACCUGCAGACGCUGCUGCCCCGAGACCUGUACCGCCGCCUCAAACGCCACCUGGACUACGUCAAGCACCGGAUGCCCCACUGGAUGACCGCCGACCAGCGCGGGCGCGGCCUGUACGCCGACUACCUGUUCAACGCCAUCGCGGGCAACUGGGAGAGGAAGAGGCCCGUUUGGGUGAUGCUGAUGGUGAACUCGCUGACGGAGUGGGACGUGCGGUCCAGGGGGACGCCCGUGCUGGACCUGUUCCUGGCGCAGGAGGCCGAGCGGCUGGGCAAGGUGACGGGGGCGGUGGAGCGGGUGGAGGAGCAGUGUCACCCCCUCAACGGGCUGAACUUCUCUCAGGUAGGAGGAGCGAAAGGAAGCGCGCCGGGCCUUCGUGGGCUCUCCUUUUUUACGCUAGAUGUGUGUGUGUGUGUGUGUGUGGUUGUGUUUGUAGUAGAGCAGCAGGGUGAGCUCCGCACAGCGUGAGAGUAAAAACAAUUUAAGGGAGGAAAAAAAAAACAAGUGAUCAAAACCUUUCAGCCGGAGACAGCUUUACGGUUAUGGAUGUCCGUCCACCUCACUGAACAAACACUCAACAGCUGAAUGCGCGGAGGGGGCCGCCGGGGCUGAGCCACGCACAUGCAGAACGC